AUGAGUGGGUGUCCAUUUUGGGAAAACAAAUAUCAAUUUAAUUUUAACAAGCUGUCUUUAUCUGAGGAGGAAGAUAAGUCACAAGAAGGACAAAAUAAAGCUAACAAAGGGGGCCUUAUCUAUGGAGACUAUUUACAGCUAGACAAAAUAUUGAAUGCUCAGGAACUUCAGAGUGAGAAGAAGGGGAACAAAAUCCAUGAUGAGCAUCUGUUUAUUGUGACCCACCAAGCUUAUGAACUAUGGUUCAAGCAGAUCCUGUGGGAACUUGAUUCUGUCCGAGUGAUAUUUCAAAAUGGUCACGUGAGAGAUGAACGGAAUAUGUUGAAGGUUGUUGCUCGAAUGCAUAGAAUUGCAAUGAUCCUUAAACUACUUGUGGAACAGUUUUCUGUUAUAGAAACUAUGACAGCCCUGGACUUCUUUGAUUUCAGAGAUUAUUUGAGUCCAGCAUCAGGUUUUCAGAGCUUACAGUUUCGCUUACUGGAGAACAAGAUUGGUGUCCCGCAGAGCCUGAGAGUCCCAUACAACAGAAGACAUUAUCGGGAUAACUUCAAAGGAAAAGAAAACGAGUUGCUGUUGAAAUCUGAGCAAGAGCUAACCCUGCUGCAGCUAGUGGAAGCAUGGCUAGAAAGAACACCAGGACUCGAGCCGGAAGGGUUUAAUUUCUGGGGGAAAUUUGAAAUGAAUGUCCUUAAAGGACUGGAAGAAGAAUUUGCAAUGGUGCAGGCCAAAGAAGACUCAGAGGAAAAAGAAGAUCAAAUGGCAGAACUUAAGAAACAAAAGGAGGUACUUAUUUCAUUGUUUGAUGAAAAACUGCAUGAACAUCUUCUUAGCAAAGGUGAAAGAAGGUUGUCUUAUAAAGCAAUGAAAGGAGCUUUAAUGAUCUACUUUUACAGAGAGGAACCUCGCUUUCAGAUUCCUUUUCAGCUCCUCACUUCUCUUAUGGAUAUAGACGUGCUGAUGACCAAAUGGAGAUAUAACCAUGUGUGCAUGGUGCACAGAAUGAUUGGCAGCAAGGCUGGUACUGGAGGAUCAUCCGGGUAUCAGUAUUUACGCUCUACUGUGAGUGACAGGUACAAAGUGUUUGUUGACUUGUUCAAUCUUUCAACAUAUUUGGUGCCAAGACACUGGAUACCAAAGCUGGACCCAACUGUCCAUAAAUUUCUUUACACAGCAGAAUAUUGUGACAGUUCCUACUUCAGCAGUGAUGACUCGGACUAA